AUGUGGAAGCAGAUGAACUUGAGUCUAUGGGGGAAGUUGAUGGAAACUUUGAGUGAAGGUGGAGAGGAUGAGACUCCUCUUCAGGUGAAGCUAAACGGAGUUGCUACGAUCAUAGGUAAGAUUGGUUUAGGCUUUGCGGUGGUGGCGUUUGUGGUGUUGUGCAUAAGGUUCGUUAUAGGGAAAGCUACUGCUGAGGGACAUAUCGUUUGGCUAAGGAAGCUAUUUGAUGAUCCCAAGAUUGGCUGUAUUGCUUACAAUCUAGGGAAUGGAAGAGGAAUGUUUGUGUUAGAGAUAGGUUACUGCUUUUGA